AAAGUUACAACAUGCUGAAAAGAUAAUGCAGGCUAGGAAGCCCCAGCACAGCCGGGUGGAAAAGCCAGAUCCCGACUCCGCUGGGGCCCUUCGAGAUCCCCGGCAUCGGGCACCAGGAUCAAAGAAACAGACUGAAACCUAGCUGACCUGCCAGACCAUGGCAUCCGGGGGACUCCUUGUGGCUGGCGCCUCCUUGGUGGCGUUUCGGGGGCUGCAUUGGGGGCUGCAGCUGCUGCCCACCCCGGAAUCUGUUCGGGACCGCUGGAUGUGGCGGAACAUUUUUGUUUCGCUAAUACACAGCCUACUCUCUGGAGCAGGGGCGCUGGUCGGGCUGUGUCUGUUUCCUCAGAUGGUCACUGACCCGAUUCAUGAUCACCCAUCGUGGGCACGGGUCCUAGUAGCAGUGUCAGUGGGAUAUUUCAUGGCAGAUGGAGUUGACAUGCUGUGGAAUCAGACAUUGGCCCAGGCCUGGGACCUUCUCUGUCACCAUUUGGUGGUAGUGAGCUGCCUCAGCAUCGCUGUUGUGUCUGGCCACUUUGUGGGCUUCGCUAUGGUAUCUCUACUUCUGGAGCUGAACUCCAUCUGUUUGCACCUACGGAAGCUACUGCUGCUCUCCCAUAAGGCCUUAUCCCUGGCCUUUAGAGUAAGCAGUUGGGCCUCCCUGACCACCCUAGCCCUCUUCCGCCUUCUGCCUCUAGGAUGGAUGACUCUGUGGUUGUUUCAGCAGCACUACCAGCUGUCUCUUGGUCUGGUCAUCCUUUGUGGAACUGGGCUGGUCACAGUGGGUAGCAUAAGCAUCUCACUGGGAAUCCGAAUUCUGGUCAAGGAUGUCUUGCAGUCUCAGCCCUACCCAUUUAUCCUUGUGCACAAGGAGACUAAGCGAACCAAGACAUGUGAGCCUGUCACCAGGAACCAUUCCACUCUCAGUCUGAGAGGCAUGGAGGUUUUCUCUUCAGUCAGCCCUCAGGGAGGUGGGGCUGGGAAGAGGAGAUGGUAGCGCACUGCAUAAUCUACUGUGUAGUAAGGGCUAGACCACAUCAUCACCAUCUCAGGACCUUUUCCAGCUAACUCACUUUCCUCCCCUUCCCAAGAUCCAAGAAGAAAUGUGAAUCUUAGUGGCUCUGUGGGAACCUAGGCUACUGCUCACUGAAUUCCUUUGCUCCUGUGUAAGGACAAUGGGAGAGGAGGUCCUUCUAGAAUCAGAGAGACCUGGCAUGGAGAGGGCAGAGCCAGAACACAGAGACCUCAUUUAUGAUCAAAUUCUGGAAAUGAGAUAAGAGCACAAGAAACAUUAUGUUGCCAGGAGGGAGGGGCAUGGCAGUUGCCAGUGACAGACAGAAGAAGCCAGGCCACUGCAGCCGCUACUGAGCCUUCCAAUCCCCUAGUCAGACUGCAAGUCCCCAGAUUAUACUCAACCCUACUCUACUGUGUAUAGCCUUUCUAAUUCUUGUGUAUCUUCUGACCUUUUUAAAGAAAUGUGAAUUCUUAGACGAAAAUGGUAGGUCUAAGGCAGUACAGAAGCCCCGAACCACAGAAAGGACUCAAGUAUCCAGUGUGAUCACCCAAUGCAAAGCUUUUCAUGGCUUUGUGGUGUUUUGAGCAUUGAGGGAGAGGCACAGCAGGGCAGAGGAGCCUCCUACCCACCUCCAGAGGGGCAGGGUAGCUAGCUGACCCUCUUCUGGAGUCUUUUGAAGGCUCUUUCCUCCCUGUCUCUGCACAUCUCCUCCCUUUCUAGUCUGAAUGCCUAGAAUACAGAACUGUAGAGCAGAUUAAGGUUACUGCUGUACUGAAUGGCGGGGCAUAAAGUGAUAACUCUUCAUCAUCAAUAGAAAAAGCACAGGAGAGCUGGAGAGACGGCUCAGCAGUUAAGAGCACUGGGUGCUCUUCCAGAGUUCCUGAGUUCAAUUCCUGGCAACCACAUGGUGGCUCACAACCAU